AUGGAUGGUCAGGGAACAUUGCGCUGGCUGGGGGUUCUGUGCGGAUACCGCCGAGUCCAAUAGGCCUUCCAGUAGAAAUUGUUGAUAGUGUCUGCGUUGAGUUCUGUUUAACACAAGGUAUGGAUCCCAGUGCGAGUUAACCGUGCUUCUGGGCCACCUCAGCUGACUGUAACCCCUAUGAACUCCAGGAAGUAGCCGGGUCCCAUGGGUCUCUCAGUAGCGGAUCACCUGUAAUCAUGAAGAGGGGUCCGCGCGCCGGCUGCUGUGGAAUUUAGGCCGGGCACGGGGAGAGAGCGCGCGCCGCUUCCAGAGCAGGACAUGGGACAACUACACGCGCUGUAAAGGCACACCGACUCACAGGAGACCGGACCGGACCGGACCGGACCGGACCACACGGCUAACAUGAAGGAGAAAUCCAAAAAUGCGGCCCGGACACGUCGGGAGAAGGAAAACAGUGAGUUUUAUGAACUGGCCAAGCUGCUGCCGCUUCCCUCUGCCAUCACCUCCCAGCUGGACAAAGCCUCCAUCAUCCGCCUGACAAGCAGCUACCUGAAGAUGAGGACCGUGCUUCCUGAAGGCCUUGGAGAAUCCUGGGGUCAUGUGAGCCGCAGCUCCCUGGAUGGUGUCAGCCAGGAAUUAGGCUCCCACCUCCUACAGACAUUAGAUGGAUUCAUUUUUGUGGUUGCUCCAGAUGGGAAAAUAAUGUACAUAUCAGAGACAGCGUCGGUGCACCUGGGCCUGUCACAGGUAGAGUUAACGGGAAACAGCAUUUAUGAGUACAUCCAUCCAGCAGACCACGAUGAGAUGACAGCCGUCCUCACAGCCCACCAGCCUUACCAUUCCCAUUUCGUACAAGAGUAUGAGAUGGAGCGCUCCUUCUUCCUUAGAAUGAAAUGUGUCCUGGCCAAAAGAAAUGCUGGUCUCACCUGUGGAGGCUACAAGGUGAUCCACUGCAGCGGCUACCUGAAGAUCCGUCAGUACAGCCUGGAUAUGUCUCCGUUUGACGGCUGCUACCAGAACAUCGGCCUGGUGGCCGUCGGUCACUCGCUGCCUCCCAGCGCUGUGACAGAAAUCAAACUCCACAGCAACAUGUUCAUGUUCAGAGCCAGCCUGGACAUGAAGCUCAUCUUCCUCGACUCACGGGUUGCAGAGCUAACAGGCUACGAGCCUCAGGAUCUUAUAGAGAAGACUCUCUAUCAUCAUGUCCACAGCUGUGACUCCUUCCACCUGCGCUGCGCACAUCAUUUGUUGCUGGUGAAAGGACAGGUCACCACAAGGUACUACCGUUUCUUGGCCAAACAAGGUGGCUGGGUCUGGGUUCAGAGUUAUGCAACUAUUGUGCACAACAGCCGUUCAUCCCGACCUCACUGUAUCGUCAGCGUCAACUAUGUCCUCACAGAAACAGAAUACAAAGGCCUUCAGCUUUCUCUGGAUCAGGCUACAUCCAAGGCCUCCUUUCCAUUCAGUAGCAACAGCGCCAUCAACAGCCUUCCAGAGAACUGUAAAUCCCUCAAGAGUAGAGCGAUGCGGCCCAAGACCAAAUCUAGACUUUCACCAUACACACAGCAUCCCAGCUUCCAAGCAGAUCGAUCUGAAUCUGACCUGGACAGUCCCUGGGGCAGCAGUCCCCUCACAGACUCAGCUUCUCCUCAGCUGGAACGCAGUGAAGGCAUGGACACCUCAUACAGCUACAGAAACUUUUCUGAUCCACGGAGUCUCUGCUACAGCUUGUCUGAAGAGCAGCAUCACACCGCCAGCAAUAUUCACGCACACAGCCAAGGGCACAGUUGUGAGAGGGGUCGAUGCGAUGCGGGCAGAUAUUUUCUUGGAGCUCCUCCAGCCAGCAGAGAAACGUUGUUCAGCACAGCCCGGCCCUUUGUACCACUAACUAAGAGUUGCUUCCACAGCCAUGAUGGAUACAACAGCAGUGUGGCUCGAUUCUCAGCAAUGCAGAGCAGCCAAGGCCGAGCCAACUGGGAGGAAGACAGCAUUGUCAGCUCCCCAGAUGGAGGCUCAGCCAGUGACUCAGGUGAUCGAUAUCGAGCAGAUUGCUUCUCCUGCAGUCCAGAAGAGCCCAGUAAGAUUGAGACUCUUAUCAGGGCCACACAGCAGAUGAUCAAGGAGGAGGAGAGUCGAAUGCAGUUACACAAGGGGUUUGAAGAUCCACCACAAGGCCGUAGCAAUGGACUUUACAGGGGAGCUUCUUCAGGCUUUACUACAGCGUACACUCAAGGGCCCCUACAAACUAUGGUGUACCGAAGUUUUAAUCAAGUGAUAAGCCCUGCUCCUAGCCCUACCCCUCUAUCCAGACUUAGCAGUCCUGGUGCUGAGCGUUUGCACAAGCCCAAAGACUACCUCCAGGCCGACAUGACUCCCCUUUCUUUGCAGUUACACCACCCGUUUGGCCGGCUGGGUGCAUGCUCAACUUCCCCCACCACAACCCCUGGACUCUACCCUUCCCACAGUCACCCAAGGUCCUGUGUAGACAAACAUCCUGCGUAUUCCCUGACCGGCUAUACUCUGGAGCACCUGUAUGACCCGGAAAACCUGCGGGGCUACUGCACCACUGCAACCACUGACACUGCCCACUACGAUCACGUCCUCAUACCAGGAGAUCAACAUCCUGGACAUAAAGGUCCCUCAGUCAUUAUCACCAACAGUAGCUGACACUCCAUAACUCCCACACAGGGACUAGAGUCGCAAAGCUUGAGCUAGCUGGCUGUUUGGCAGAAGUUAGCCUUUUUCACGUUGUGUUCUGACUCUGCAAGAAGGCCAGUGUUCAGUGUUUUAAACAGUGAUUUAUUUUUUCUGAGUAUAGGAAAAAUAUUCACAAGACGAUACAACAAAAUCACAGCAGAAUCCCAGUGCCUGAAAUCUUAACAAAUUAUUUAAUUUCAUGACAGCUUUUAUUUAUCCUGUUUUAAGGCUGAAAGAAAGAGUCAUCUGACCUGACCCCAACAUAUUUAAGCUCACCCUAAAAUAUGAGGAGCCAGUUAGAGUCCCAAAAAUUACAGUGGCCUUUAGAGUCCUACUUUCAUAUUCAUGUCUUCCCUCAAUCGCAGAGGUGAAAGCAGCCAUUGUUCCGAAUUAAAGUGAAGCCAAGAGCCAGAGAGUUUUUUUCUUCCCAAUGCCAUUUUGUAUUGUUAAACAGCUUCCUAGUAUGAGAUUCUGAUCAAGUCCUAUAAAACAUCCCUGUUCUGGUCCUGGUCCUGAAGAGGCCAACCAACCAGCUGCAAGAAGGAGCUUUUCUGCCAUACGGGAGAUUGAUGCUAUACUUCACCUUCACCCUAGAAGCAAUAAUCUCUUGUGUUUUUAACCCAGCAACCUGCCCAGACCUUUACCUAAAAACCUUCCACUAUGCAGUCAUAUAAAUAUGGUAUUUCACUAUCCUCAUUGAAAGGGUGGAUAAAGUAGGUGGAGUUGGUUCGUCACCAAGUGGGUCGUCACCAAGAUCAAAGAACUUUGAGAAACAGCGUGUGUUUUAAUUAAUGAAAGAGCUGAAUUACAUUGCUUUGACUCUUCCAACUGUUGGGCAACAAUAUUAUAGACAGUCUGGUCCCAGAAAUGUUUUAUUCAUUUUAAAAAGUGUUAAUGUUGGUGGUUUGAUUUUCUUGUCAAACAGACAACUGCAGAUGGAAACUCUGAUUUCCAUUGGCUUAAUCAAGUCAAGGUAGACUACUAGAAAAAGAGAAGGAAAAUGAUUGUGGUUUGUAACUGCAGUGUCCUUGUCUUUGUCUUUCACACUUGUCCACGGCAUCCACGUGUUUGGCCACACUGAGCUUUUUGACAUUUUGCACUGUAAGAGAUAGGGUUAUGUAAAGUUAUCUCCCUGUGUUCUAGGUUUUCUAGCUGAGGAGACAUUUUACUGCACAGAUUAACCCUGACAGCUAAUGGGUGUCAUUUCUAACCUCACAGACUAAUAUGCAAAACCAUUCUCGGCACUUUUUCCCACCUUGUUUGAGAAAGAGUAAAGGAAAGGACAGAUACACUCAUGACUGCCAUACCACAUAAUAACUAUGACCCGACAGGGAGACCUGCUCAUACUGAAAGAUGUACCAUGUCCUUCUAUGUAUCACAUCUAUUUUUCAUCUGAAUGUUCUCAGUGAUCAUGCGUGGCUGUAGGAGGACUGGGUCUGUGUCCAUAUGCAACUUGUUGGGAUGCCAAGCGCGGCAGCUCCAAUUUACCAUGAUGGAUCUCUGAAGCAACUGUUAAUAAAUGUUAUGCUGGCAUGUUUGUACAAAAGGAUUCAAGUGUCAAGAUUUCCUUUUUUAUGUCCUCUCAGUUAUAAAUGAACCUAUAUUUAUACAAGUUUGGAAUUUUUUUAUUUAGUUUGCCAAAGCCUGAAAUGUGUGUCAUUUCUUAAUGUUAUUUAUAGUGUUACUGUAAAUAUGGUCAGAAGAGAAAAUCCCGUCAUGUGUAAGCACAUGUGCGAAAACUGUAUUUAUUGAAUAAAUGUUUCCAUAUUGAUUUGAGAAAAGAGUUUGAAAUAACUGCAGUCAGAUCCAGUCUAACAGCUUGUUCAAUGAGUGUGUUUUGACAGAUUCUUAAAGAUCACUAAAUAAACCCUUGUUGCAGGGA